CCUUAGCUUGCACAACAACACAAGAGACAGCAACAAAGAGAACUCUCUCUCUCUCUCUUUGUCUCUCCUCGUACCCUGUUUCGUGCGAGAGACAGAGAAAGAGUUUAAGAAAUGGGUGUGCGCGUUCAAUGUUGUUCUUCUUUCUUCUUCUUCUUCUUUUUCCUUUUUCUCGGGUUAGCUUCGAAAGUGAGAGGAAACGGGUCGGGUUGGGAUUCGAAGCAGUGCGAUUGGUUCACGGGAACAUGGGUGGUGGAUGAAUCGUACCCGCUCUAUCAGCCGGACACGUGUCCCUUCAUCGAGCGCGAGUUCAGGUGCCAAGGGAAUGGACGCCCUGAUCUGAUUUACACCCACUAUAGAUGGCACCCACUUGCCUGCAAUUUGCUCAGAUUUGAUGGGGUUGAUUUUUUGGAGAAGAUGAGAGGGAAGAGCAUCAUGUUCGUGGGAGAUUCACUGAGCAGGAACCAAUGGCAGUCCUUGACUUGCUUGCUUCAUUCAGCAGUGCCCAAUUCCAAUUAUACUUUGGUUAGAGUUGGAGAUGUUUCUAUUUUCACAUUUACGGAGUAUAGAGUUAAAGUGAUGCUAGAUAGGAACGUGUAUCUAGUUGACGUUGUGAAAGAGAAUAUUGGGAGGGUCUUGAAGCUUGAUUCAAUAGAAGGAAGCAAGCUUUGGCAAGGGAUUGAUAUGCUUAUCUUCAACACAUGGCACUGGUGGUCCCGUAGAGGACCCACUCAACCAUGGGAUUAUAUCCAAUUGGGAGGUCAAAUCUUGAAAGACAUGGAUCGGAUGAAGGCUUUUGAAGAAGCACUUAAGACAUGGGGUGCAUGGGUAGACACCAACGUUGACCCUAAGAAAGUGAAGGUCUUCUUUCAAGGAAUUUCACCAUCUCACUACAAUGGCAGCCUAUGGAAUGAACCAAGUGCAAAGAGUUGCAUCCGGCAGAAGACACCUGUGCCGGGAUCGGUGUAUCCGGGUGGACCGCCGGCGGCGGUGGCGGUGUUGAAGAGUGUGCUGAGCACAAUCAAGAAACCAGUGACACUUCUUGACAUCACAAUGCUUUCUCUGCUUCGGAAAGAUGGACACCCUUCCAUUUAUGGACUCACUGGAGCCUCUGGAAUGGAUUGCAGCCAUUGGUGUCUUCCUGGGGUUCCAGAUACUUGGAAUGAGAUACUUUACAACCUUAUAUGAUCAUUGCAAAAUUAUUUAUUCAUCAUUGGGGGGUUUAGUCUAUUUUUAUAGAAAAAUUUAAUUAUAUAGAAAAAGAUUAGGAUUGGGUAAUAGACACCCUGAUUUAAUUGGAAUAUAUGGCUUGUGCCUAAAGUGAAUAAUGAUAAAAGUUUACAUCAUACAUCA